AUGGCUUUCCUACACACCCAUUCAGAAAUCAGCAAUAUGACAUCUGAUAAUGACACCAACCUCAUGUCCUGGAUUCAUUUAAGUGACCAGAGUCAACCAGGGAUCAUACUCACUGUGUUUGGAGCAUGUCUCUUUGGAGGUAAAGUUAGCUAACUAGCUAGCUAGAUAGCUUGUAGUGUAUAAUUUGACCGGCUACACUAGUCACUACUAGUGCACAACCCAAAACUAAAUGCAAUAUAUAAUUGCAAACCAUAUCAGUGCCGUACAAUUAUACACUCCCCCUACAAUUACCCCUGUGUGACUAUGUAGCCCAGAUUCUCAGAAAUCCCUUGCCUCACAAACAUUAAGAUGUUUUUUUCUCUCGUUUCUAUAGCUGUUGUCAGAACUAUCUUGCAGACUCUGAAGCUGCCAUAUACUGUACUAUUAGCCCUUUGUGGGAUGUUACUAGGAACACUCAGUUUCCAGUAUCCAGAGGUAUGGUCAUAACAGAUGUAUCCAAUUAUCUAAUAUCUAAAAGUCUAAAAUAUACUGUUGAGAAAAGUUGUGUUUUAUUAUUUUCUAUGUUCCGCUAUAAGGCCCCUAUAUGGUCCUUCCUCUAUGGACUGGCUACAUCACCACAUUCUGAUGUUAAACAUAGGCCAUAUGAUUAUCAGAAUUAUAAUACCUUUGCUGAUAUUGAUUGUUAUUGUUGUCCAGGUCAGUUAUUACACAAAGGAGAUUGCACACAUCAGCCCCAAACUGUUGAUUCACACGUUUAUGCCCGUGUUGAUAUUCAGUAGUGCCUUCGAAAUCGAAUCCCACAUCUUUUGGAAAUCUUUAAUACAGGUGAGGUCUUCCCUGCACUUUUGUUAUUAUGAACAGGUUGCAAUACAAUUCAUUUUGUGAAUAGCCUUAUGGUGGUUAAAAGAAACACCUAAAAUAAGUCACUAGAAAUUACUAAAGAAAUAACAUACAAAUAUUAUUUCAACUUUGUGUUAAAACAGGUACUACUGCUGGCAAUACCUGGAUUUUUGCUCAGUUCUUCUAUGAUUGCGUUACUAGUUGUGAAAGUGUACGCUUACAACUGGGACUGGUAUGUUGGCAUGAUGUUUGGAGCCAUUGUAAGCACCAUUGACCCUUUCAUAUCAACAGCUUUGUUGCGCAGUCUCGGUAAGAAUACACAUCUUUCUGCAAAAUAAUGCAAUUGAAUGAUAUCAGCUGUACUGGUAGGAACUCACUAUGUCCCUCUCUACAGGAACAGCGAAACCCCUCAUACUUCUGAUAGAGGGAGAGUCAUUGUUCAGUGAUGGCGCCUCUAUCAUUACAUUUGAUGCAUUCAAAGACCUUGCCACUGAUCUUAGUCAUUUUGAAGGUACAAUGUACGGUAUCUGUCAAAUUACAGUUGGAUCCAUUUUUGGGGUAGAAAGAAGGAAUAUUCUGGAAUCAUGUGAAUGUUUUCAUCCCACAGCAACAACUUUCACCAUCAAGCUGAUAUUGAAAAUCUUCGGGAGCCCUCUUUUAGGGUUUAUCAUGUCUAAGAUCAUUAUGUUUUGGCUGUCAUACAUCUUCAAUGAUGGACUGAUUGAAAUAACCAUCAGCCUGGCAAUGACGUACAUCACAUUUUACUUCGGUAAGGGAGUUUUUGUCAUGUCCUUUUAGAAAUGACGUAAUUUGGUUUGUUCAAUAAAUAAUAUAAUAAAUAAUAAUAUGCCAUUUAGCAGAUGGCUAAAUAGCAAGAAAUGUAUGGUUAUUGUAUCUUAAAUAAAUAUAAUUUGUUUAAUUAAUGUUUAUGUAACAUUUUCAUGUCAUUUAGCUGAAUGGCUAGGAAUGUCUGGGGUCAUAGCUGUCCUCAUUAUGGGGCUUCUCUUGGACACAGUCAACUUCAGCCCAGAAAUUGAAGUGUUUCUUUUACGGUGAGUCUAGAUAAUAAAAUCCAUUUUCUGUAGUGUUUUCUGAACUUAAAAUGGUUUCUAAAGACAACAUUCCUACUUUUCCAUAGGUUCUGGGAGAUGCUGACUUAUUUGGCCAACACCUUAAUUUUCUUCAUUGUUGGUAUUGUGGUAGCUAGAGCAUUUCAACAUGUGGGCGUCAACGAUUUCUUCAACAUUGUAGUGCUCUACUUUGCUAUGUACAUCAUAAGGUAAAGAACAUCACUGUUUUAAUGAGUUUACAUCAGGCAUUUAACCAGUUUUUCUACCAUGUACUAAUGUUAUGUACAGUGGGGAAAAAAAGUAUUUAGUCAGCCACCAAUUGUGCAAGUUCUCCCACUUAAAAAGAUGAGAGAGGCCUGUAAUUUUCAUCAUAGGUACACGUCAACUAUGACAGACAAAUUGAGAUUUUUUUUCUCCAGAAAAUCACAUUGUAGGAUUUUUAAUGAAUUUAUUUGCAAAUUAUGGUGGAAAAUAAGUAUUUGGUCACCUACAAACAAGCAAGAUUUCUGGCUCUCACAGACCUGUAACUUCUUCUUUAAGAGGAUCCUCUGUCCUCCACUCGUUACCUGUAUUAAUGGCACCUGUUUGAACUUGUUAUCAGUAUAAAAGACACCUGUCCACAACCUCAAACAGUCACACUCCAAACUCCACUAUGGCCAAGACCAAAGAGCUGUCAAAGGACACCAGAAACAAAAUUGUAGACCUGCACCAGCCUGGGAAGACUGGAUCUGCAAUAGGUAAGCAGCUUGGUUUGAAGAAAUCAACUGUGGGAGCAAUUAUUAGGAAAUGGAAGACAUACAAGACCACUGAUAAUCUCCCUCGAUCUGGGGCUCCACGCAAGAUCUCACCCCGUGGGGUCAAAAUGAUCACAAGAACGGUGAGCAAAAAUCCCAGAACCACACGGGGGGACCUAGUGAAUGACCUGCAGAGAGCUGGGACCAAAGUAACAAAGCCUACCAUCAGUAACACACUAAGCCGCCAGGGACUCAAAUCCUGCAGUGCCAGACGUGUCCCCCUGCUUAAGCCAGUACAUGUCCAGGCCCGUCUGAAGUUUGCUAGAGUGCAUUUGGAUGAUCCAGAAGAGGAUUGGGAGAAUGUCAUAUGGUCAGAUGAAACCAAAAUAUAACUUUUGGGAGUUGCAUCCAAAGAACACCAUACCUACUGUGAAGCAUGGGGGUGGAAACAUCAUGCUUUGGGGCUGUUUUUCUGCAAAGGGACCAGGACGACUGAUCCGUGUAAAGGAAAGAAUGAAUGGGGCCAUGUAUUGUGAGAUUUUGAGUGAAAACCUCCUUCCAUCAGCAAGGGCAUUGAAGAUGAAACGUGGCUGGGUCUUUCAGCAUGACAAUGAUCCCAAACACACCGCCCGGGCAACGAAGGAGUGGCUUCGUAAGAAGCAUUUCAAGGUCCUGGAGUGGCCUAGCCAGUCUCCAGAUCUCAACCCCAGAGAAAAUCUUUGGAGGGAGUUGAAAGUCCGUGUUGCCCAGCGACAGCCCCAAAACAUCACUGCUCUAGAGGAGAUCUGCAUGGUGGAAUGGGCCAAAAUACCAGCAACAGUGUGUGAAAACCUUGUGAAGACUUACAGAAAACGUUUGACCUGUGUCAUUGCCAACAAAGGGUAUAUAACAAAGUAUUGAGAAACUUUUGUUAUUGACCAAAUACUUAUUUUCCACCAUAAUUUGCAAAUAAAUUCAUUAAAAAUCCUACAAUGUGAUUUUCAGGAUUUUUUUUUCUCAUUUUGUCUGUCAUAGUUGAAGUGUACCUAUGAUGAAAAUGACAGGCCUCUCUCAUCUUUUUUAAGUGGGAGAACUUGCACAAUUGGUGGCUGACUAAAUACUUUUUUCCCCCACUGUAUCAGUAUUGUUCUUGUGAUCAUUGGCAAGGAAAUAUGAGGAGGUAUCAGUUUGGGACUCUUCUUUCUCUAUUACAGACUUGUGACUGUUAUUGCACUGUCACCCUUCCUGGUACGCACUGGCUAUGGCUUCAGCUGGCGGUGGGCAGCAGUCUGUGUCUGGGGAGGGACCAAAGGGGCCUUUUGUCUAAGUCUUACACUCAUGGCUUUUCAGUCAGAUGAUUUGGACGAAGAGCAAGUGAGAGAAAAGGUGGGGAUUUUUUGUAUUUGCUACUUUCUACCGCUUUAGCAGGCUACCAUGAUGAUAGCAGUGUCUUAUGGCAUCGGUUAAUGUAAUUGCAAUCUUGACAGUUGAAGAUCAUCUCUGUUACAGAUUUUGGUCCUGUCUUCUGGAAUGGUGGUCCUAACACUUCUUAUCAAUGCAACAUCAAUGACCUGGUUCCUUAGACUAUUAGGUGAGGUUGUACUGUGUCAAGUAGUAUCUCGUCUUUGACAGGUUGUUCACAAUAGAGCUCGCCAGCUUGUAGUCCUAAAAUCCGGAAACAAGUUACCUCUGUUUCGGCCAAAAACCCUGUAAAAACACCAUACAUUUUCUUCAUAGGCUUUGUCCAACGAACCAUGGCGGAGUUAGUGCCUACAAAAAGAUGCCAUUACUAUUGCUCUCUAUGUGUGUGAAGCCAACUAAACUGCACUUAGGAGCACUUAGACAGAAAGAGGUUGUCUCUCUCUGACAAUGUAUCUUGUGUUCCCAGGCCUAUAUGAUGUGUCUGUGCCCAGGCGCAUGGCCAUGUAUAGUGCGGUGCAGCGGGUGCGGGAGAGCUCGCAGAACACUUUCAGCUUGUUGAAGAUUGACAGGUUUUUAGCAGAUGCUAACUGGGAAAUGGCAGAGCAGAGAGUCCUCAUAGAGGACCCCUAUAAAACACCCAAUGAAAAGGUAUUCUGUGCUAACUAAUGUCUCUCUCUUUGACAUGAAGAAGUAUCCGAUUUGAAACAAGAUAUCAUACAUAUAAUCUGUAGUCAUUUGGCACUGUGUUACAGUAUUAACACCCAUAUCAUUAUAUCAAUAUUUUACUCCUACUUUCACAUAUGAGUGAAAAUAUAUGUCUUUGCCUGUGCCCUUUCUUCCAGGUUAGCAUUGAAGAGUUCUCCCCCACAGCCAGGAUGACUAAGUGCCCAGACUGUGACAGGGACAUUCCCUAUGCACCAUCACCACAGGAGCUGGAGGACAUGAUGGAGGAGGCUCGCAUGCGCAUCCUGAAGGCUCAGAAGGUCUGGUUCACCCCACUGGAUCCUACUGACCACAAUGUUCAUCAUAGUCACCCUGACCUUACGUAAAGAGAUGGGCCUAAUUGCUCGUUCAGCCUGUUCAAUGUACAACACGUGGAAGGAAAGCAUUGCUCACAUAAAAAGAGCAUGACGUCGAACGUUCUGUUCUUUUCAAAUGUAUACAAUCAAUGUGUUCGAUAGGAUAUUAAGUUAGAAGUUGUUUUUGUUUCUUUAAUCACAACCUGUACCUCUGCUUUUCCUCACUUAGUUGUAACCUUGUCGAUACACUUCUACAAUUUGGUUAGGAUGACCCAUAAGAUUAUGAUGAACUUUUUAGCCCACAGGGAAGGAACUAUUGACUUUGGUGAAUGUAAUGGGUUUAGCAUGAAGUUGACAGAUGAAUCAUUAAGAGUCCAGUAUGAAUGGUGUCUGAACUGGAAACUGAUGUUGGUUUCCUACCAGACAAGCUACUGGAAGCAGUACAGCGCUGGAAUGCUGAACCGAGAGGCAGCCAGGACCCUGAUCAAUACAGCUGAGAACAUGACAGACCACAAGGGAAAGUAAGUGCUGCUCUCAUUGCCCUCACUCAAAAAGAUAUAGGACCACUUGGUUCAGUCCGGGUUUGUGUGUUUAUAAUCGUAUACGUUGAGCUAAGACAGCAGCUGAUUACAUGAUUACCUGUGAGUAAUACUGAUCUGUUACAUAAUAUUCUUUUUUUGAAUGAGCUGAUCUAGCUAUACUGCUUACAACAAGGACAUUUGGCUAGAAUUAAUGGAGGCUAUGAUUGAUGAGCAUCUUCCAUUUUUUUAUAGUCAUUGUGUAAGUGUCAGGCACCACUUGGAAGAAUCUAACCUCAGUAAUUGCAGCUUAUUAUGUACUUAGAUUAAGCACCCCUUAAAUAUUUGACAUCUCUGGGUCAUGAUUCUAUUCUUUUUCAUGUCAUAGUCCUAGAGGUCCAUAGGCCUAUGGCAAUGUUAAUAGGCCAAGUAAUUCGGAAAGUAUUCAGACCCCUUGACUUUUCCAAAUUGUAUUACGUUACAUCCUUAUUCUAAAAUGGAUUAAAUCGUUUUUUCCCCUCAUCAAUCUACACGCAAUACCCCAUAACGAGAAAGCAAAAACAGGUUUUUAGAAUUAAAACAAAAAGAAGAAACUAAAAACGGCCAAAAUCUGUUCGCUUUAGAUAAGCAGACCAAGUGGGGAUUUUUUUGUAUGAAGGUCUAUGAGAGAGUGUCGAAUAACAUGAGGCUUAUUUGAUCAAAUAGAAGUUUCGUAAUAUUUAUGCUGUUACAAAUAAUGUACUGCUAUAAGUGGAUGCACGUGGCAUUCCUGCAACUUUGAGAAAAAUGACUUAGUUGUGCCUGUUGUUCACACGCGUAUCUGCCUUUUCAUUGGCUAGAAUGCUCCCACCUGAUCUCGCCUCCUCUCGCCUGCCUUCCAUCUUUGAGGACAUGAAUUUCCAUUGUUAGAGUGGUCACUGGACUAUCUUGCCAAUAUAAUAGAUAAUCUUUGACUGCACUAAAGCUACCAUUAAGAAAAAUAUAGGUAACGUAAACAAAUCAUAAUAUAUUUAAUAUUUUAGUUUCUUCAAAGUAGCCACCCUUUGCCUUGAUGACAGUUUUGCACACUCUUGGCAUUCUCUCAACCAGCUUCAUGAGGAAUGCUUUUCCAACAGUCUUGAAGGAGUUCCCACAUAUGCUGAGCACUUGUUGGUUGCUUUUCCUUCACUCUGCGGUCCAACUCAUCCCAAACCAUCUCAAUUGGGUUGAGGUUGGGUGAUUGUGGAGGCCAGGUCAUCUGAUGCAGCACUGCAUCACUCUCCUUGGUCAAAUAGCCCUUAAGCAGCCUGGAGGUGUGUUUUGGGUCAUUGUCCUGUUGAAAAACAAAUGAUAGUCCCAAUAAGCGCAAACCAGAUGGGAUGGCGUAUCGCUGCAGCAUGCUGUGGUAGCCAUGCUGGUUAAGUGUGCUUUGAAUUCAAAAUAAAUCACAGACAGUGUCACCAGCAAAGCACCCCCACACCAUCAUACCUCCUCCUCCAUGCUAGACGGUGGGAACCACACAGGCGGAGAUCAUCCGUUCACCUACUCUGCGUCUCACAAAGACACUGCGGUUGGAACCAAAAAUCUCAAAUUUGGACUCAUCAGACCAAAGCACAGAUUUCCACCGGUCUAAUGUCCAUUGCUCGUGUUUCUUGUUCCAACCAAGUCUCUUCUUCUUUUUGGUGUCCUUUAGUAGUGGUUUCUUUGCAGCAAUUCGACCAUAAAGGCCUGAUUCACACAGUCUCCUCUGAACAGUUGAUGUUGAGAUGUGUUAUUUAUUUGAGCUGCAAUCUGAGGUGCAGUUAAAUGCCGAUUUCUGAGGCUGGUAACUCUAAUGAACUUAUCCUCUGCAGCAGAGGUAACUCUGGGUCUUCCUUUCCUGUGGCGGUCCUCAUGAGAGCCAGUUUCAUCAAAUCGCUUGAUGGUUUUUGCAAAUAGGGCUAUCUUCUGUAUACCAACCCUACCUUGUCACAACACAACUGAUUGGCUCAAAAGUGUUAAGAAGGAAAGAAAUUUCACAAAUGUACUUUUAACAAGGCACACCUAUUAAUUGAAAUGCAUUCCAGGUGACUACCUCAUGAAGCUGGUUGAGAGAAUGCCAAUAGUGUACAAAGCUGUCAUCAAUGCAUAAGGUGGCUACUUUGAAGAAUCUCAAACAUAAAAUAUAUUUUGAUUUGUUUAACACUUUUUUGGUUACUAUAUGAUUCCAUAUGUGUUAUUUCCUAGUUUAAUGUCUUCACUAUUAUUCUACAAUGUAGAAAAUAGUAAAAAUAAAGAAAAACCUGGAAUGAGUACGUGUCCAAACGUUUGACUGGUACUGUAUAUAUAUAUAUAUAUACACACAAACACAGUUGAAGUCAGAAGUUUAUAUACACCUUAGCCAAAUACAUUUAAACUCAGUUUUUCACAAUUCCUGACAUUUAAUCAUAGCACCCCCACAGCAUGAUGCUGCCACCCCCGUGCUUCACGGUUGGGAUGGUGUUCUUCGGCUUGCAAGCUGCCCCCUUUUCCCUCCAAUCAUAACGGUGGUCAUUAUGGCCAAACAGUUCUAUUUUUGUUUCAUCAGACCAGAGGACAUUUCUCCAAGUCCUACCUUCAAACUCAGUGCCUCUAUAAACACCAUGGGACCACGCAGCCGUCAUACCGCUCAGGAAGGAGACGCGUUCUGUCUCCUAGAGAUGAACGUACUUUGGUGCGAAAAGUGCAAAUCAAUCCCAGAACAACAGCAAAGGACCUUGUGAAGAUGCUGGAGGAAACAGGUACAAAAGUAUCUAUAUCCACAGUAAAACGAGUCCUAUAUCGACAUAACCUGAAAGGCCGCUCAGCAAGGAAGAAACCACUGCUCCAAAACCGCCAUAAAAAAGCCAGACUACAGUUUGCAACAGCACAUGGGGACAAAGAUUGCACUUUUUUGAGAAAUGUACUCUGGUCUGAUGAAACAAAAAUAGAACUGUUGGGCCAUAAUGACCAUCAUUAUGUUUGGAGGAAAAAGGGGGAUGCUUGCAAGCCGAAGAACACCAUCCCAAACGUGAAGUACGAGGGUGGCAGCAUCAUGCUGUGGGGAUGCUUUGCUGCAGGAUGGACUGGUGCACUUCACAAAAUAGAUGGCAUCAUGAGGAAGGAAAAUUAUGUGGAUAUAUUGAAGCAACAUCUCAAGACAUCAGUCAGGAAGUUAAAGCUUGGUCGCAAAUAGGUCUUCCAAAUGGACAAUGACCCCAAGCAUACUUCCAAAGUUGUGGCAAAAUGGCUUAAGGACAACAAAGUCAAGGUAUUGGAGUGGCCAUCACAAAGCCCUGACCUCAAUCCUAUAGACAUUUGUGGGCAGAACUGAAAAAGUGUGUGCAAGCAAGGAGGCCUACAAGCCUGACUCAGUUACACCAGCUCUGUCAGGAGGAAUGGGCCAACAUUCACCCAACUUAUUGUGGGAAGCUUGUGGAAGGCUACCCGAAACGUUUGACCCAAGUUAAACAAUUUAAAGGCAAUGCUACCAAAUACUAAUUGAGUGUAUGUAAACUUCUGACCCACUGGGAAUGUGAUGAAGAAAAAAAAAUCAGAAAUAAAUAAUUCUCUCUACUAUUAUUCUGACAUUUCACAUUCUUAAAAUAAAGUGGUGAUCCUAACUGACCUAAGACAGGGAAUUUUUACUAGGAUUAAAUGUCAGGAAUUGUGAACAUUUAAAUGUAUUUGGCUAAGGUGUAUGUAAACUUCAACUGUAUAUAUAUAUUUACUUAAACAAAGCAAAUAUAUAUAACCAUUAAGUUUGAGUAUACAGUGUAUUCGGAAAGUAUUCAGACCCUUGACUUCUUUCACAUUUUGUUACGUUACAGCCUUAUUCUAAAAUUGAUUAAAUUGUUUUUCUCUCUCUCAUCAAACUACACACAAAAACUGAAAUAUCACAUUUACAUAAGUAUUCAGACCCUUUACUCAGUACUUUGUUGAAGCACCUUUGGCAGAGAUUACAGCCUCAAGUCUUCUUGGGUAUGACGCUACAAGCUUGGCACACCUGUAUUUGGGGAGUUUCUCCCAUUCUUCUCUGCAGAUCCUCUCAAGCUCUGUCAGGUUGGAUGGGGAGCGUCGCUGCACAGCUAUUUUCAGGUCUUUCCAGAGAUGUUCGAUCGGGUUCAAGUAAGGGCUCUGGCUGGCCACUCAAGGACAUUCAGAGACUUGUCCCAAAGCCACUCCUGCGUUGACUUGGCUGUGUGCUUAGGGUCAUUGUCCUGUUGGAAGGUGAAUCCUCACCCCAGUCUGAGGUCCUGAGCGCUCUGGAGAAAGUUUUCAUCAAGGAUCUCUCUGUACUUUGCUCCGUUCAUCUUUACCUCGAUCCUGACUAGUCUCCCAGUCCCUGCCGCUGAAAAACAUCCCCACAGCAUGAUGCUGCCUCCUCCAUGCUUCACAGUAGGGAUGGUGCCUGGUUUCAUCCAGAUGUGACGCUUGACAUUCAGGCCGAAGAAUUCAAUCUUGGUUUCAUCAGACCAGAGAAUCUUGUUUCUCAUGGUCUGAGAGUCCUUUAGGUGUCUUUUGGCAAACUCCAAGCGGGCUGUCAUGUGCCAUUUACUGAGGAGUGGCUUCCGUCUGGCCACUCUACCAUAAAGGCCUGAUUGGUGGAGUGCUGCAGAGAUGGUUGUCCUUCUGGAAGGUUCUCCCAUCUCCACAGAGGAAUACUGGAGCUCUGUCAGAGUGUCCAUCGGGUUCUUGGUCACCUUCCUGACCAAGGCCCUUCUCCCCCGAUUGCUCAGUUUGGCCCGGGGGCCAGCUCUAGGAAGAGUCUUGGUGGUUCCAAACAUCUUCAAUUUAAGAAUGAUGGAGGCCACUGUGUUCUUGGGGACCUUUAAUGCUGCAGAAAUGUUUUGGUACCCUUCCCCAGAUCUGUGCCUCGACACAAUCCUGUCUCGGAUCUCUACGGACAAUUCCUUCGACCUCAUGGCUUGGUUUUUGCUCUGACAUGCACUGUCAACUGUGGAACCUUAUCUAAGGUGUGUGCCUUUCCAAAUUAUGUCCAAUCAAUUGAAUUUACCACAGGUGGACUCCAAUCAAGUUGUAGAAUUUACCACAGGUGGACUCCAAUCAAGUUGUAGAAACAUCUCAAUUUCGAGUCUCAUAGCAAAGGGUUUGAAUACUUAUUAAAAUGAGGUAUUUCUGUUUUUUAUUUUUAAUCAAUUUGCAAACAUUUCUAAAAACCUGUUUUCGCUUUGUCAUUAUGGGGUAUUGUGUGUAGAUUGAUGAGGAACAUUUUUAAUUUGAUCAAUUUUAGAAUAAGGCUGUAACGUAACAAAAUGUGGAAAAAGUGAACGGGUCUGAAUACUUUCCGAAUGCACUUGUAGCUAUGAUGUAUGGUUAAUUUUUAGAAAGUGGAAAUAUGAGUUCAUAUACAGGUAUAUGAUACAGUGCAUUCGGAAAGUAUUCAGACCCCUUCACCUUUUCCACAUUUCAUUACAUUACAGCCUUAUUCUAAAAUAUAUAUUUUUUUAAAUAUCCUCAUCAAUCUACAUAUCCCAUAAUGACAAAGCAAAAACUGUUUUUUAGACAUUUUUGCGAUUGUAUAUAAAAAAUUAAAAUAAAUGUAUUUACAUAAGUAUUCAGACCCUUUGCUAUGAGACUCGAAAUUGAGCUCCGGUGCAUCCUGUUUCCAUUAAUCAUCUUUCAGAUGUUUCUACAACUUGAUUGGAGUCCACUUGUGUUAAAUUCAAUUGAUUUGACAUGAUUUAGAAAGCAAAACCCACAUGUACAUAUUACCUCAACUACCUCAACUAGCCGGUGCCCCCGCACAUUGACUCUGCAACGGUACCCCCCUGUAUAUAUAGCCUCCCUACUGUCACUUUAUUUUACUGUAUAUAUAGCCUCCCUACUGUCACUUUAUUUUACUUCUGCUCUUUUUUUCUCAACACUUUUUUUGUUGUUGUUUUAUUCUUACUUUUUUUGUUUAAAAUAAAUGCACUGUUGGUUAAGGGCUGUAAGUAAGCAUUUCACUGCAAUGUCUGCACCUGUUGUAUUCGGCGCAUGUGACCAAUAAAAUUUGAUUUGAUUUGAUUUGAAAACCCAAUCUGAGACAGGGCCUUGGUCAAGGAGGUGACCAAGAACCCAAUUGUCACUCUGACAGAGCUCCAAAGUUCCUCUGUGGAGAUGGGAGAACCUUCCAGAAGGACAACCAUCUCUGCAGCACUCCACCAGACGGAAGCCACUCCUCAGUAAAAGGCACAUGACAGCCCGCUUCGAGUUUGCCGAAAGGCAGCUAAAGGACUCUCAGACCAUGAGAAACAAGAUUCUCUGGUAUGAUGAAACCAAGAUUGAACUAUUUGGUCUGAAUGCCAAGCGUCACGUCUGGAGGAAACCUGGCAUCAUCCCUACGGUGAAGGAUGGUGGUGGCAGCAUCAUGCUGUGGGGAUGUUUUUCAGCGGCAGGGACUGGGAGACUAGUCAGGAUCAAGGGAAAGAUUAACGGAGCAAAGUACAGAGAGAUCCUUGAUGAAAACCUGCUCCAGAGUGCUAUGGACCUCAGACUGAGGCGAAGGCUCACCUUCCAACAGGGCAAUGAAGCUAAGCAUACAGCCAAGACAACGCAGGAGUGGCUUCGGGACAGAGCCCGGACUUGAACCCGAUCAAACAUCUCUGGAGAGACCUGAAAAUAGCUGUGCAGCGACGCUCCCCAUCCAACCUGACAGAGCUUGAGAGGAUCUGCAGAGAAGAAUGGGAGAAACUCCCAGAAUACAGGUGUGCCAAGCUUGUAGCGUCAUAACCAAGAAGACUCAAGGCUGUAAUUGCUGCCAAAGGUGCAUCAACAAAGUACUGAGUAAAAGGUCUAAAUACUUAUGUAAAUGUAAUAUUUCAUUAUUUAUUUUUUAUACAUUUACAAACAUUUCUAGAAACCUGUUUUUGCUUUGUCAUUAUGGGGUUUUGUGUGUAGAGUGAUGAGGGAAAAAAACUAUUUAAUCAAUUUUAGAAUAAGGCUGUAACGUAACAAAAUGUGAAAGAAAUCAAGGGGUCUGAAUACUUUCCGAAUGCAUUGUAUAUAUUGAGGAAUGUUUAAAUAUGGGCGAAGAAAGGAUUGCAAAAAUUGGGAGAGCAAUGCAUAUGUUUCUGUCUUUGUUUAGGUUCAUGAGUGUUCUGGAUGUCAAGAAAUACUGGGAGCUGAAAGGUGUUUUUGUGUCUCUUCGGAGGAGACUAGAGGACUGGCUGUACGAUGUCAAGCUUGAUAAACUUAAACCAUCAAGGUAAUGAAGCACAGCUGAGAUUUACUGUAAAUGAAUUUAGACCACCAGGUUACUCAGUGAAAUAACAGUAUUGUAUAACUGCUCUAAUGACACAUAAUUUACACAACGGUAUGUUGUAUUUCAGGAAUGCGAUGCUCAAGUGGUGCUACCAGGUUGUCUUCAGCCUCCCCUUUGAGUAUUUCAUCUAUGCAUUGAUUGUCCUCAACAUCUUCCCCAUCAUCCUGGAGUUCAUCCCAGCGAUCAGUGACAAACAUAACAUAGAACUCAGUAUUAUCAACUACAUCUUCUUCAGCGGCUAUCUUGUGGAGGCUAUACUGAAGGCAGGAAAAAGGCCUACACUAAAUACAUGUCAACUAAAGAACAUCUAAUAUACAAUACAUUCACAUGAUGUCAGACAUUUGAUUUGAAGACCCUCUGUGACACAUUUCCUCUUGUUCUACAGGCUUUGGCCAUGAGGAAGGCCUAUAUCUUCAAUCACUGGAACCAGUUCGACCUCUUCAUUAUCAUCUUGGCUUGUGUUGACAUAUUCCUGGACCAUUAUUUUGAAACCACAGCAUAUGUUGUCAAUAUUCACAUGAUAAAAAUUGUGAAGGUGUCUAAAAUGAUCCGCCUUACCAGGGCACUUCGUUUGGUGAAGGUAUGCUAUGGCUUGAUGGGACCAUCAAAUCUAUGACCAGUGAUAUACACUGAGUGUAAAAAAACAUAUUAGUAACACCUUCCUAGUAUUGAGUUGCACCCCCUUUUGCCCUCAGAACAGCCUCAAUUUGGCAGGGCAUGGACUCUACAAGGUGUCGAAAGCGUUCCACAGGGAUGCUGGCCCAUGUUGACUCCAAUGCGUCCCACAGUUGUCUCAAGUUUGCUGGAUGGUCUUUGGGUGGUGGACCAUUCUUGAUACACACAGGAAACUAUUGAGCAUGAAAAACCCAGCAGCGUUGCAGUUCUUGACACACUCAAAUCGGUGCGCCUGGCACCUACUACCCCCGUUCAAAGGCACUUAAAUAUUCUGUCUUUCCCAUUCACCCACUGAAAGGCACACAUACACACCCAUGUCUCAAAUGUCUCAAGGCUUAGAAAUCCUUCUUUAACCUGUCUCCUCCCCUUCAUCUACACUGAUUGAAGUGUAUUUAACAGGUUACAUCAAUAAGGGAUCAUAGCUUUCACUGGAUUCACCUGGUCAAUUUAUGUCAUGGAAAGAGCAGGUGUUCCUAAUGUUUUGUACACUCAGUGUAGAUUCGAAAUAGCUUUACAGUUCAUUUUUCUAGGGUUAUCCAGUUACUUUCAGAAAUGCUGUGAAUCUAAAUAAUCUAUUGUUGAAUGUAUGUGUUUCAGAUCAUCAUUCCCAAGCUCAUAGAAAUCAUAAACCGUCAGAUCCAUAAGCAGCUCAGCUUUGGGUAUGACAUCGGGAAAGGCUAUGUCAUCGGAGAGGAGCACAUAAGCAAGAUCAUUGACCAUAUCUCUGAUGACAAAAGCAUAUCUAAGGUGUUUUGAAAUUACAUUUACAGUAUAGUAUACAACAACAGCUGUUGAUCUUUUCACAACAUGAUAUCAUGUUUAGACCUCUCAUAGUAAAGAAAUCUUGGGUACCUAUCCUUUUUUUUUGCAACACAGAGAUGUAUCUAGCCAAAUGAUUAAUUACUCCAUAGCCCUAUAAUGUGUUGGGAUCUUGUACAUCACACUUCAUCUUGUGUUGCAGAAAUUGAGAAGUAUACUGGAGAGAAACUGCCAGCAGGCUGUCAGGGAGAUUGGUAAGAGAGUAGGGGAGACAGACAAGCAAUGUUACUGCAUGUACACUGUCUGUAUCUACAGUAUAUCAGUCAUGCUAAAUAAAGGCCAUCACUUUAACUAGGAUCACUGUGGGAUUACAAAUAUAGUAUAGUUGGCUUUAACUAACCAACAUCUUUCACAGCAACAAUCCUUCAGUCCUAUUUACAUGUCAACUAUCCUACAUUGAAUCUCCACUAAAUUGAUAUAGAUGAAAAAAUAAUUCAAUGAAACAAUGACAGAAUCCUUCAAUGGACUGAUGUUGAUGCUCUGGAGGGGCCGGUAUAAGUAAGGGAUAAUCAACGAGGGGCUAAUGAACAACAUGGAAGACGUGUUCCACGAUGCACUAGCAGAGUGGAACUGACCUUCCACCGAGUUACAUUAUUUUCCAGAGAACACAUAGAGCUCUGAGUUUGUUAUCCCCUUUAUACCAUGGCUAUAAUUUAACACAUUUGCCACUAGAAUGGGUUCAUUUGCAGGUAUAAAUGUGUACAACAUCCACUGAAGUAGCUAGCAAGUUUACUAGAUAGCUAAAGUAGUUGCCGUGGUAACCAACCAAACAGACUUGCUAGUUUAGCUAACCAAACCAUCAGUCCUAGCUUGCUAUUAUGAAAAUCUAAUUCAACAAUGCCAAUAAUGUUUUCAAUUCGACUUUUGUUUUUCAAAACCAGCUCAAACAUGAAUGAACUAUAGCCAUUGAAUUCUACAGUGCAAAUAUACCUUGCGUUAUAGGAAAUAAUGCACGCUCUAGAAUGCCUUUCAAGCCAAUCAGAAAACAGUAUUCAACAGUACCGUGGUAUAAUCAAAUAUUUUUAUAACUAAACCAAGAUAGACCACAGCCUAUCGUUUCCAAUGGGAACAAAUUAGUCAUAGUGGGGCAGAACAAACAAGGAGGUGGGCAGAGCCAAGCAAGAGCUAGCGAGAUCCUAUUGGCGCGUUCUAGCAUACAUUUGCGUAUGUCCGUUUAGGAACUCCUCUGUGAAGUGCGGGUGUGCAAUAAAUCAAUUCGCAUAUGCUUUCCUUCUAAACAACGCGAUUUUUAAAAACCUUUGCAAAGGGGAAAGUCUACAAAACUUAGUCCAGGUUUUAGUUUUGGGAAAUUAAAACUGUAUUGAGAUUAAAUGUUUCAUCGAUGAGAAAAUGUGCAGAAUGUCAGCCAAAAUCCAUCUCGUUCCAUCUUCACCCAUCUUCUCCCACUGCCGGCCAGUGGGCUUCCUCUCACUACCAUAUUUGGUAGUGGGUGGAAACGCUAAGCAGAAUGCUUCACAUUUAUACAUCCGGUGAAAUAUCUGUCUCAUUGUUCUAUCUGUGGUAUAAUGUGUGAUAUUCUAAGUGUGUACCUUGGUUAAUGGAGGAAAAUGCACUGCUAGCCAAUCAUGCUUUAAAGAUGUACCAUCAUUUUAACUUCUGUAUAGUUUAAGUUGUUCUAGUCAUGCUUGUUUUAUUAUUUUUAUGAUUUUAUUUGUUCACCUUUAUUUAACCAGGUAGGCCAGUUGAGAACAAGUUCUCAUUUACAACUGCGACCUAGCCAAGAUAAAGCAAAGCAGUGCGAUAAAAACAACAACAACACAGAGUUACACAUGGGAUAAACAAAACAUACAGUCAAUAACACAAUAGAAAAUCUAUAUACAGUGUGUGCAAAUUUAGUAAGUUAUGGAGGUAAGGCAAUAAAUAGGCCAUAGUGCAAAAUAAUAAAAAUUUUGUAUUAACACUGGAGUGAUAGAUGUGCAGAAGAUGAUGUGCAAAUAGAGAUACUGGGGUGCAAAUGAGCAAAAUAAAUAACAAUAUGGGGAUGAGGUAGUUGGGUGGGCUAUUUACAGAUGGGCUGUGUACAGGUGCAGUGAUCGGUAAGCUGCUCUGACAACUGAUGCUUAAAGUUAGUGAGGGAGAUAAGAGUCUCCAGCUUCAGAGAUUUUUGCAGUUCGUUCCAGUCAUUAGCAGCAGAGAACUGGAAGGAAUGGCGGCCAAAGGAGAUGUUGGCUUUGGGGAUGACCAGUGAGAUACACUUGCUGGAGCGCAUACUACGGGUGGGUGUUGCUAUGGUGACCAAUGAGCUAAGAUAAGGCAGGGAUUUGCCUAGCACUGAUUUAUAGAUGACCUGGAGCCAGUGGGUUUGGCGACAAAUAUGUAGUGAGGGCCAGCCAACGAGAGCGUACAGGUCACAAUGGUGGGUAGUAUAUGGGGCUUUGGUGACAAAACGGAUGGCACUGUGAUAGACUACAUCCAAUUUGCUGAGUAGAGUGUUGGAGGCUAUUUUGUAAAUGACAUCGCCAAAGUCAAGGAUCGGUAGGAUAGUCAGUUUUACGAGGGCAUGUUUGGCAGCAUGAGUGAAGGAGGCUUUGUUGCGAAAUAGGAAGCCGAUUCUAGAUUUAACUUUGGAUUGGAGAUGCUUAAUGUGAGUCUGGAAGGAGAGUUUACGGUCUAACCAGACACCUAGGUAUUUGUAGUUGUCCACAUACUCUAAGUCAGACCUGCCGAGAGUAGUGAUUCUAGUUGGGCGGGUGCAAGCAGCGUUCGAUUGAAGAGCAUGCAUUUAGUUUUACUAGCGUUUAAGAGCAGUUGGAGGCUACGGAAGGAGUGUUGUAUGGCAUUGAAGCUCGUUUGGAGGUUUGUUAACACAGUGUCCAAUGAAGGGCCAGAUGUAUACAAAAUGGUGUCGUCUGCAUAGAGGUGGAUCUGAGAGUCACCAGCAGCAAGAGCGACAUCAUUGAUAUACACAGAGAAUAGAGUCGGCCCGAGAAUUGAAUCCUGUGGCACCCCCAUAGAGACUGCCAGAGGUCCAGACAACAGGCCCUCCGAUUUGACACAUUGAACUCUAUCUGAGAAGUAGUUGGUGAACCAGGCGAGGCAGUCAUUUGAGAAACCAAGGCUAUUUAGUCUGCCAAUAAGAAUGUGGUGAUUGACGGAGUCGAAAGCCUUGGCCAGGUCGAUAAAGACGGCUGCACAGUACGGUCUUUCAUCGAUUGCGGUUAAAAUAUAGUUUAGGACCUUGAGCGUGGCUGAGGUGCACCCAUGACCAGCUCGGAAACCAGAUUGCAUAGCGGAGAAGGUACGGUAUGAUUCGAAAUGGUCGGUGAUCUGUUUGUGAACGUGGCUUUCAAAUACUUUCGAAAGGCAGGGCAGGAUAGAUAUAGGUCUGUAACAGUUUGGAUCUAGAGUGUCACCCCCUUUGAAGAGGGGGAUGACCGCAGCAGCUUUCUAAUCUCUGGGGAUCUCAGAUGAUACGAAAGAGAGGUUGAACAGGCUAGUAAUAGGGGUUGCUACAAUUUCGGCGGCUAAUUUUAGAAAGAAAGGGUCCAGAUUGUCUAGCCCAGCUGAUUUGUAGGAGUCCAGGUUUUGCAGCUCUUUCAGAACAUCAGCUAUCUGAAUUUGGGUGAAGGAGAAGCGGGGGGGGGCAUGGGCAAGUUGCAGCGGAGGGUGCAGAGCUGGUGGCCGGGGUAGGGGUAGCCAGGUGGAAAGCAUGGCCAGCCGUAGCAAAAUGCUUAUUGAAAUUCUCGAUUAUCGUAGAUUUAUCUGUAGUGACAGUGUUUCCUAGCCUCAGUGCAGUGGGCAGCUGGGAGGAGGUGCUCUUAUUCUCCAUGGACUUUACAGUGUCCCAAAACUUUUUGGAGUUAGUGCUACAGGAUGCACAUUUCUGUUUGAAAAAGCUAGCCUUUGCUUUCCUAACUGAUUGUGUAUAUUGGUUCCUGACUUCCCUGAAAAGUUGCAUAUCGCGGGGGCUGUUCGAUGCUAAUGCAGUACGCCACAGGAUGUUUUUGUGCUGGUCAAGGGCCGUCAAGUCUGGGGUGAACCAGGGGCUAUAUCUGUUCUUAGUUCUGCAUUUUUUGAAUGGGGCAUGCUUAUUUAAGAUUGAGAGGAAAGCACUUUUAAAGAACAACCAGGCAUCCUCUACUGACGGAAUGAGGUCCAUAUCCAUCCAGGAUACCCGGGCCAGGUCAAUUAGAAAGGCCUGCUCGCUGAAGUGUUUUAGGGAGCGUUUGACAGUGAUGAGGGGUGGUCGUUUGACCGCGGACCCCAUUACGGACGCAGGCAAUGAGGCAGUGAUUGCUGAGAUCCUGGUUGAAGACAGCGGAGGUGUAUUUAGAGGGUAAAUUAGUCAGGAUGAUAUCUAUGAGGGUGCCCAUGUUUACGGAUUUAGGGUUGUACCUGGUACGGACCUAAGUUCUGACCAAACUUACUUGAGAGAGAGAAAGAGGGAGCAGGCUGGGGGAUCAAGUCUGUGUACUUUUAGAGCAACUAUCUUCUUAGAUACAACCAUCAAAGGAAAUGGAACACAUCAUGAAAUACUAAUGAUUGGGCCCGUGGUAUCUGGAAGCUAGCAGGGCUUUGGAGAAAAGGUAUGGGAUGUAACUACCAGUCCAUUGUACCCCAUCAAAGACAGAAAAAGGACAUAGGUGACUCCUCAAAGUAGGGGACCUAAAUGUGUUCUGGGAGAACACAAGGGCUCAGUAGGAUACUGUGGUAAUAAUGCCUCAUGGAGCCAUUUUCUCAGAUUCCCAGCAUGCUCUCCUGCUGGAAGAGAUUGAUGCGUCUUUCUGAAAACUUUCAUUAGCAUUUAGAAAGACCAGAUCUGUGGUGACCUUAGGGAGUCUUCACAGACACAAAGCAGGAUUACACACUACAAGUAUAUGUAAAAGAGCUUGAUUUUUUAUUUGUGAAAUAGAAUUAUGUAGCCCUCAGUGCAUCUCAGGUUAUUUUUGUUAUUUGAUGGCAAGCUUACACACAAUGUGCUAAGUUUACAACUGACAGGAGAGUGACUGAGGACAUGACUCUGUGGGAUCUUUUCUCAGGCUUGCUGCAGAGAGACCAUCCUGAGAUUGCCAUCUCGGUGAAGACCAGACAGGCCAUACGAGCCGUGCUGAACAGUGAGAGAGAAGCUAUCCAUACACUCGUGUCCGGGGGGCUCUUAGAUGACAUAGAGGCAUCAAAGCUGGAGAAGGUGCUUUCAGUUUGCUCCUCUUCUGCCAUUUACAAUACCUCCAAUAAAUAUAUAUACUUUGUUACCUCUGACUAUUCAGAAAGGUCGUUUUAUUAUUGACACAUUAAAUUAAUGAAUGUUACAUUUUUCCCUUUGGCAGAUGAUUGAAAUAAAAAUGAAGAAAUUGAUCAAAUUUCCACCAACAAUCCCAGCAGCAACAGCAGAGGAGCUUCUGCAGAAUCUGCCAUGGCUAAACAAAGACAGCACCCAGAUUCAGUUCAUCAAGGUAGAGCACACAUCUCCCAUAUCCUUGCCUUAGAAUGACAAGCUUUUUUAUUUUCUGUAUUAUACCAAUGUUUCUUUCAUGUAAAAAAAUAAUAUAAACAAUCUAUUUAUUGUGUUAUUUCAGACAGUGGCCAAGCUUAUUUUCUUUGACUUUGGAGACACCAUCAUACAAGAAAAUGAGGACCCUCAAGGAAUACACUUGAUUGUCUCUGGCAUGGUUAAGGUAUGUACUGAUAUGCGCUAAUAGUAAAAUGAAUAUUAAUCAAUGGUUAAUGUUCUGAAAAUGCAUUCCCAUUUUUGUAUCAAGCGGUUUUAAAUUUGUAAUAUGAUCAGACACAAAAACCACAAACUUGAAACAUAGCUGCUGAACGUGAUAGUUGGGAAUGAAUGUCAUUGGCAUGACACAUUAUUUUCAUAGCAAACAAAAUAAUGACUGGCUGAUAUUAAAUAGCCUACUACUCACCAGUAGUUUCUUUCCCAGUCUUCUCCGUGAGCUAAUUACCUCUCUCCAUCAUAUUGUAGAACACAGCAUCAAGUAUACAGUCAAUGCUAUUAAUAUGUGGAAAUUACACAUAAUCACUUGUCAUUUUGGUCACCUUAAAAUGGAACACAAUGUAAGCUAUUUCAACACAUUACAGUGUGACACUGCAAUUAUGGGUCAUUUUGAAAGGCAGGGGAUAAUAGCCUUCUCUUUGUACAGACACCUUUACUUAGCUUGUGAUCUUACACUUCAAUAUCAGCUCAUUUUCUAUACCAAUUCUUGUUUCUUUGCCUCUGAAUACAAAACUGGACUUUUUUUUACAUAAUUAAAGAAUCAUUGUCACGUUCAUGCUUUUAAAGCAGUAUAAGGCAUUGGUUUCAGGACAUGAUAUUAAACAAUGUUCAGAAACAUUGAUGAACACGUUUCCUACAUUUUCUUUAUAUUGAAUUUCUCAUUUGGAAGAUACAGUAAGCCAAAGGACCCUCAGGGACAAUUUGUUGUUGAAGCUUAUUAAGGAUAGUAGAAAAUAAUCUAGAAAAGGAAGUCUCAAAUAGAAAUGUUAAGUGCAACAACAAUCUCUAAGGAGUAGAAGGAGGGCUGUAUUGUAGUACAGUAUUUUAUAAUUUUUUUAAUUGUGUAAAUAUCAAGGUCAUAAAAUUGUCAAAGCACAAACAACCCUUUGUUACUUAGGGCUCUAUUCAAUCUGUAACACUGAAGCGCUACAGAUUCCGCGAUAGAAAUUUAAACAACAUUUCUGAUUGAGACGACAUGCAGCGGUGACCGUGAAUCCAGUCUCAAUCACGCUGUAGAAAUUGCCUUUUGCUGCGGUUUUUAGUUUCAUCCCCUUAUCCUAGAAUGGUUUAAACUUUACAACGUCACAGGUCAUUUUCACAUUGUAUGAAGACUGAGUGUGUAAUAAGCGCUAUGACUCUUUGUGAGUCAUGGAGCAGCAAGAUGGGCAUAAAAGCACAUUUUUUGUUACCUAUGAUGUAGACCAGCUGUCACACUUCAACUGCAGUAUCCUCUUCUCAGAGCUCCCAUCCUUAUUCCCUGGGUUACAUUGAUGACGCUGGUUGAUACAUCCUCUUCAAGAGGCGUAAUUAAAUGUACACAUCCCCAACUUACGUUUUUACAUUAUACUUUACAUGGAAGGGUUUCCGGUUGUUGAAAUGGAAGCUGUACCUUGAAAUACAGUGCCUUGCAAAAGUAUUCAUCCCCCUUGGCGUUUUUCCUAUUUUGUUGCAUUACAACCUGUAAUUUAAAUUGAUUUUUAUUUGGAUUUUAAAAUUCAAGAAAAUAAAUAACGGAAAAGUGGUGCGUGCAUAUGUAUUCACCCCCUUUGCUAUGAAGCCCCUAAAUAAGAUCUGGUGCAACCAAUUACCUUCAGAAGUCACAUAAUUAGUUCAAUAAAGUCCACCUGGGUGCAAUUUAAGUGUCACAUGAUCUCAGUAUAUAUACACCUGUUCUGAAAGGCCCCAGAGUCUGCAACACCACUAAGCAAGGGGCAUCACCAAGCAAGCGGCACCAUGAAGACCAAGGAGCUCUCCAAACAAGUCAGGGACAAAGUUGUGGAGAAGUACAGAUCAGGGUUGGGUUAUUUAAAAAUAUCAGAAACUUUAAACAUCCCACGGAGCGCCAUUAAAUCCAUUAAUAAAAAAUGGAAAGAAUAUGGCACCACAACAAACCUACCAAGAGAGGGCCGCCCACCAAAACUCACGGACCAGGCAAGGAGGGCAUUAAUCAGAGAGGCAACAAAGAGACCAAAGAUAACCCUGAAGGAGCUGCAAAACUCCACAGCAGAGAGUGGUGUAUCUGUCCAUAGGACCACUUUAAGCCGUACACUCCACAGAGCUGGACUUUACGGAAGAGUGGCCAGAAAAAAGCCAUUGCUUAAAAAAAAAAUAAGCAAACACGUUUGGUGUUCGCCAAUAGGCAUGUGGGAGACUCCCCAAACAUAUGGAAGAAGGUACUCUGGUCAGAUGAGACUAAAAUUGAGCUUUUUGGCCAUCAAGGAAAACGCUAUGUCUGGCGCAAACCCAACACCUCUCAUCACACCGAGAACAACAUCCCCACAGUGAAGCAUGGUGGUGGCAGCAUCAUGCUGUGGGCAUGGGACUGGGAAACUGGUCAGAAUUGAAGGAGUGAUGGAUGGCGCUAAAUACAGGGAAAUUCUUGAGGGAAACCUGUUUCAGUCUUCCAGAGAUUUGAGACUGGGAUGGAGGUUCACCUUCCAGCAGGACAAUAACCCUAAGCAUACUGCUAAAGCAACACUCGAGUGGUUUAAGGGGAAACAUUUCAAUGUCUUGGAAUGGCCUAGUCAAAGCCCAGACCUCAAUCCAAUUGAGAAUCUGUGGUAUGACUUAAAGAUUGCUGUACACCAGCGGAACCCAUCCAACUUGAAGGAGCUGGAGCAGUUUUGCCUUGCAGAAUGGGCAAAAAUCCCAGUGGCUAGAUGUGCCAAGCUUAUAGAGACAUACCCCAAGAGAUUUGCAGCUGUAAUUGCUGCAAAAGGUGGCUCUACAAAGUAUUGACUUUGGGGGGGUGAAUAGUUAUGCACGCUCAAGUUCUGUUUUUUUGUGUUAUAUCUUGUUUGUUUCACACAAAAAAAUAUGUUGCAUCUUCAAAGUGGUAGGCAUGUUAUGUAAAUCAAAUGAUACAACCCAAAAAAUCAAUUUUAAUUCCAGGUUGUAAGGUAACAAAAUAGGAAAAAUGCCAAAGGGUUGAAAACUUUCGCACGCCACUGUAUCUCUGUUAUGUCGAUGAUAUUUUUAUUAUUUAUAAGGUAAUUUAUACCCAAUGCUGGUCUUGUAUCGUAAGCUCCCCUAAUCAUCAAACAACCCAAAAACACUUGAUUGACGCUCUGUGAUCAUAACCUUAUACUGUAUGGAUGUGAAUCUCUAUACUGUACUGUAUCCCAGAUGACUGGAGGAAGGCCAAACCUUGGAGGCAAGAGCCCCAAGGAGAAGACCAGACUGACAGACUACAGGAGCUGUGGGGCCAUCAUGGGAGAACUCAACUGUCUCACCCAGCAGCCUAUGGAGAUGACGGUCACCUGUGAGACAGCCACUCAGGUCUCUCUACUGUUCAUUUACUAAACUUUGUUCACAUGAAAUGGCCUAAGUAUGUCAGUGAAGACAAGUGUAUGUCAGAUCAGUACAAAUGUAAUGAGAAUAGAAUGGACAAAGUGGUCAGUAUCUGAUGCAGUUUUUGGAGAAAGCCCAAGUAACUGAAUAUCCACUCCACUGUCUGAUAAUAGCUGGGUCAGACAAGGGUAUGAUCUUUCACAACAUAGAUAGAUAAUUGAGUGCAAAAACGUCACUGUGAGGUUGAUAAACCAGCCAUAAGGGCUCGUCUACAACUGUUCCACAUAACCAUGGAGACACAAUUGUUAGGAAAACCUUAUCCGCCAUUGUUUCCCUGUAUAUAAUAUCCCUGAUUGUUUGUCCAUGGUUUUUCUCCAGACCUGCUUCAUUGCUAUCGAAUCCCUGUUUGAGGCGUUUGAUGUUUUCCCUGAGUUCCCGUCUCUAGAGUAUAUGAUCUGGCGCUCCCUGGCAGUGGAAAUCAGCACCAGCACCUUCAUGGAGCACAUUAUCUAUCAGGUACUACCAUCUUAGCACUCUAUGGUGCAACAUGUAGUAAAGAGCCAAACUGCUUACGCCCAGGUUUCACACUCUGCAAGUUACACAUCCACUGUAGCAUGCCCAUAAAGUUAAACAAAGAAAAUUGCCAUAAUCACAGCACAGAUUGAGAGUGUGAGUUAGCAUUCUGUAGAACCAGCGGACGACAGACAGUAUGUUAGACAGUUCCAAAUUAAUUUGAACAAAAUCCUCCUCACCCCCAGGGCUGGAGUUACCACAGGAUUUGUUCUCAUCUGGCCCGGGCCUAUCUGGUAGACGUGGAGGUGAACAGGAAGUUUGACGUGUAUGACGGCACCAUGGAGGAUGUGGUGGUGAUCUAUGGGAGUUGUGAUGACCUUGCGUCCCAGUGCUCCUACAACGCCCCAGCACUCAUCAGCAGGACAACUCACCAGGUUCACUAUAGAACUCAGUCAGCUGUCACCUUCUCAGACAGUGGCUACACUAGUCAACUUGACAUUCACUGACUGGGAAAUAGUGCCACCUGCUGGAAACAUUGCCAGUGCAACAAUGUCAUGUUAAAAAUGGUCAACAUCCUCAGAUAAGUUGCUCUAUUGAAUGUCUUUCUAUUGUUUUUACCUCUUUAUUCAGAUAAAGUGUUAACAUAUUUUGUUUUAACUCAACUCGGUAUAGGUACUGGGUACAGCAAACACAACCAAACUGUUGAUUGUGCCAAGUGCACAUUCUGAAAUGAAGCGGACCGUCUCGGAGCUUUCAAGACUGGACAGUGUUCCCUGUCUGAGACAUGCAGCUCAGAGGAGAGGUGAAUGAGGGCUUACAGACAUCCUCACAGCUCUCUUAUGAACCUAGAAUGAUGCACGUCUUUGUAAGAUCGGCAGAAUGCCAAACUAACAUUAUGACCAAGCCCUUCAGUAGGAUUAUUUCAAAUGGGCUUUAGAUAGAAUAUCAAUUAAGUACAACGACCAACACCUCUAGCUUUACAAGUAUUUGCAAGUGAAUUGACAUCAGACUCUCCUUUUUCUCUCCCGGUAGCAUCUAGAGAUGAUAGUUCAGGGCUGCUGAGAACA